AUGCUUGAUCCAAAUAUAAUGUGGAAAAAAUGGAAAACAACAUUUUUAUCAAUCGCCGAUUUUCACGCUCCCGAGACUACCAAAAAGGUUAGAAGUGAGUAUGCUCCAUGGAUCACAAAUAAUAUUAGGGAAGUUAUGAAACAAAGAGAUUUUUUGAAAAAAAAAGCAGUUAAAACAGGAUCGAAACAGUUUCAUGAUGCCUAUAAGCGAACACGUAACGAUCUAAACAGAUUAAUUAAAAAUACAAAAUCGACUUAUUUUAGGAACACUUUGAAUGGAUGCGAAAAAAAUCCCAAAGAAAUGUGGAAAACGAUUAAUAAACUUACAGGAAAAAAGUCAAAAACAACUUUAAUAUCCGAAAUCCAACAUGACAAUCAAAAUGUGACAAAACCAGAGGAGAUCGCAAAUAGCUUAAACGCGCAUUUCAAUGAGGUAGCAUCAAACCUAGCAAAAGACAUUCCACAAAGUUCCAAGACGGCAGAGUCUUACUUAACCUCAUCCAACGCACGGUUUAAUAUUCAAAACGUCUCAUUAACAAAAGUAUUUAAAUUGCUUUCGACGAUAAAAACAUCCAAGUCAGCAGGCCAUGAUAGAAUAUCCGGCAAACUUCUGAAAGAUGCGGCUGAAGUUAUAGCACCCACAUUAACAGCCAUAUUUAAUGCAUCUAUACAUGCGGGUGUAUUUCCUGAUGACUUUAAAACUGCAAUCAUUUCACCCAUUCAUAAAUCUGGAAGUAAAACAAAUUGCGAUAAUUAUCGCCCAAUCUCUGUUCUAUCAUCAGUUUCUAAAAUAUUUGAGAAAUUAAUUACCGAACAGCUUGAAACGUAUCUGGAAUCUAACGGCAUACUUACGGAACAGCAAGCAGGAUUCAGAAAAAAUAAUUCCACACAAACCUCCCUACUUAACAUUACAAACCAAUGGUUAAUUAAUAUGGACAAGGGUUGUUUGAACGGUGUUAUUUUUCUGGAUCUCAAAAAAGCGUUUGACUGCGUUGACCACCAUAUAUUAACUAAGAAAAUGCAUAUCUAUGGAAUAAGAGGACAUACACUUGCAUGGUUUCGAUCUUAUCUUACAAAUAGGACUCAAAUCUGCAAGGUCAACCAAGCAAUGUCUGAGGCAAGGACUGUUAAAUGUGGCAUACCUCAAGGUUCAAACCUAGGCCCACUGCUGUUCUUGCUUUAUAUAAAUGACCUACCAAAUUGUCUGAGUCUGUCUUCAGCAAGCAUGUUUGCUGAUGACACAAACAUUUCAACUCACGGUGAUACUGGCAAUGAAAUACAAGAACGCUUAAACGCAGACUUAGAAAAUGUGCAUCAAUGGCUACUUGCAAACAAACUUACACUCAACAAACAAAAAACUGAAUAUAUGAUUAUCGGCUCACGACAACGUAUAUCAAAUAAAAUAGGGGAUCCUAAAAUUGAACUCGGUGAGUCAGAAAUUAAACGUGUUCAUAAAUCAAAAACUUUAGGAGUCAUUAUUGACGAGCGUCUUUCAUGGGUCGACCAAAUUCAAAAUACUGUAACGAAAGUUUCAAAAGGAAUAGGGAUGAUGCGAAGAAUGAAACAGUUUGUUCCCAAAUCAACAUUAUUGAAAAUCUACAAUGCCAUUGUGUUGUCACACUUUGAUUAUUGUAGCUUGGUAUGGGCCAACUGUUGUGAAUAUCUAAUUGAUAAACUUCAAAAAUUACAAAAUAGAGCAGCGCGAAUUAUCACUGGUAGCACAUACGAUGUAAGUUCUGAGAACGUUUUAAAAGAGUUAAACUGGCAACCCCUUAGAAAUCGAUACAAAAACAAUAAGACGAGCUUCUUGCAUAAACUAAGAAAUGACGCACUCCCAUCGUCUUUAACAAACAUGUUCAAAAUUGCAAAUAAUGAUAGGUAUAACUUGCGAAGUAAUGAUAACAACUAUACACUUGAAAAGCCGGAAACAAACUUUAUGAAAAAGAGCUUUAGUUACUCUGCUGCAUCACUUUGGAACAGCCUGCCCACUGCAGCUAAAGAAAAAGGCAUUGGCUUAAACAAAUUUAAAUGUAUUCUUGACGGUACAUAAUUUCAGUACUAUACAUAUACUUGUUUGUAAAUAUUUUUAUCUAAGCUUUAAUAUGUGUGUAAUAUUAUAUUAGGAAAUUUUAUUAGUGUGAUGCAUGUAAACGGCCCCUUGAAAAGCAGGUGUAUAUUUGAGCCCUGAAGGGUUACCGUUUUAAAAUAUUUUUAAAUAAUAAAAAAUAAAAACCAAGGUGUGUUUAAUUACACACCAAGGUGUGUUUAAUUACACACCAUGGUGUGUACAUUUUACACACCUUCCUAUACAAUUUUAGAAAACACACCUUUGUGUGUUAGAAAACACACCAUGAUGUGUUAGAAAACACACCAUGGUGUGUAACAAAACACACCUAGGUGUGCUAAGAAACACACCUGUAUUUUACAUACCUUUUCUUACACACCUUUGAUGCAUAAAGGGGGGUUCAAUAACACACCUUUUGAAUGAAAACACACCUUGGUGUGUUCGAGAACACACCUCAUACUAAUUUGCAAAAACACAUCUUGGUGUGUUAGAUAACACACCCUACACCGAUUUUGGAAAACACGCGUGCACGGUGUGUACUGAAAAAUGCUUUUUAGUAACAUACAAUAAAUCCAAUCAUAAAUCACGGUAAUGUAUGCUAUAAUAUGUUUUUCGGAUAUAUACAGUAGAUGUAAAUGGCGAUAUUAACUUUGCCGGCGAUAUCAAGUUUUACGUGUCUAAUAACCGUUUGAUAUUUGUUGUGUAGUAUUUUAUUCCUUCGCAUGUAGUAAGAGCAUUACUGGGACUAUUUAUUUUCUAAGAGAUUAAGAGGGCUUGUCAGUAAAUAUCAAACAAGUCUGGCCAACCUUCAAAUAUCAUUUUAGCUCAUAUUUCCAGGAAUGAUAGGCCUAAAGGCCCGGUCACACUACACAACGAUAACGAUACGAUAAAUUGUAAACACGCGAUAAUUGUCAAAAAAAUUGUGUUAGUGUCCACACAACAACGAAAAUGAUAAAAUUAUCGUUAGACGAUAACGAUAACGAUUUUAAAAUCGCUCACCUGAGCGAUUUUUUUUUCAGUCGGACGAUAACGAUAAAUUUUUGACCAAUCAGCGCGCGUAUACAAGUUAUCGUAUCGUUAUCGUUGUGUAGUGUGACCUGGGCUUAAGUAUCCCAAGAAUUGCUGUGUAGUUAGUUGAUCAAAUAUAUUGCUUUUUAGAGAAGAAAUUUGCAUUUUUUUGAAGAAGGUUGGAAAUGCUAUUUUUAGCCCCUACGAUUGACUGCACUUUAGCGGCUUCAACCCAAGAAAAUACUGAUUCUAUGCACAUAAAACUACCUCAAUCUACUAGUACAAUUCUCACUCGACAGAUUGUGCGACUUUGGAGUCAAUAGAACAAUUCUGACCUUUGAAAUUAAUCUUAUUCGCAAGACACGUAAAACGAGUCGAUAAAAGUAUGUUUUACAAAAAUUCAUAUUGUGAAUGUGCUUAUAAAGCUUUGAAUGCCUUGAAACGUUGCUAAUCUCAAGUCUAAAUAAUGAUCUAUCGAAUGAUAUAAAGAUUACUUUGGGCAAAUGACUGUGCGUUACGCUAAUGCUUCCCAAAGUUGGUUCAUAUUGCUCACCUUUGACCCGUGCCGUCACUUUACACAAGACAAAAUCCAUUUGUUUAUCGUAUAAACAAAAGGGUCUCAAUUGAUAUUUGUAACAUUUAAAUCAAAUCAGUAGUAUUAAGAACAAGGUACUUACAUGUUUAGUUCUGAAAGUGCUCCAAAGUAGCAUUUAAACUGUCUUUUUUAUACAAAACAUCUCAUAAAUACUCCUGGCUUGUCAAAAUGUCAACAGUUUUGAAACAGUAUAUCCUAUCCAUAUCAGGUUAGUGUGUUUUCUGACCAUCGGAGUCCGUUACAAGCACUGAUUUUAACUGAAAUUAUUCAUAUCAUUCAGCAUUUGCAUGAAAAAACAAAAAUGUAAAUGAAUCUAAUAUACUUUUACUGUAAAUAUUAAAAUAAACAACAAACCAAUCUUUGCAACGUAACUUCCUCUUCAACUUUCUUCAAUUUCCUUUUGUGAAAAUUUUCAUUCGAUUAAUGUCAUACACAACCUGCAAACAGGCAUACUCUAGAUGCAUUGAUGUUACAAACUAUGGAAGUGUGCUGCUCGUUAAAGUCAAUUGUUGGAGGACUAUGUGGAGCGAUACCAGAAAUAGAGAACAGGACGAAGUACUAGUAGUCCCCUUACUUUCGUGCGUGAAAGACAUCACAACACACACGGCAUCGUACUCGUUUUCUGGACCGGGAAAUGAGGUGGACUUGAUCUUGUGUCGUGCUGCUAUUUUCACGAGGCCAGAUGAUAUCACUUCAAUGUCGAUAUGUCCUCUUCAUCGUGCAAAACUUGGGAUGGGAUGAACGAGGGGAGCGAGCACCAGGUGCAGAAUACCACCCGUUCUGUCUAACCAUGGAAAGACAAAAAAAAGUUGGCCAAAAGGAGAUAGAGGGCUCGGAAAGUUACAAUCGGAGCUACUGCUACGUGACACUGGUGUCUUUUUACAAGCUGGAGCAGGUAAUUUAGUAAAUAAAUUAACGAAGUUUCGAAGAAUGACUGGUUUAUAAAAGCAUUCUUCUAUAUCAUUGCAAGGGGUGUGCAGAAAAUGCCGUAAGAAAUUAAAGGAAAUUACAAACUUCAGAAAGAUGGAAGAUCAGUUCAAGGAAACAACACUGGUAUGAUACCUGGAUAUUUAAUAUGGUUUUAUCAUGGGCGUAUGGGCCGGGGGGGGGGACAUGGGGGGAAUAUGCCCCCCAAAUUUUUACGGUAGCAACAAAAGUCAGGCGAAAAGAAUUAAUAAUCUGGCAAACUAAUACUGUGCCCCCCCCCCCCCAAAUAAGAUUAGGCCCGUACGCCCAUAGGUUUUAUAGAUUAACUGUUAUAAAACUUACGCUUUUAGGGACUGUACGUUGAGGGUGGGCUUGGUGGUCAUCAUAGUUUUUCCUGUUAGGACCGGGAGGGUUAUCUGUUAUUUUCCAUUUUGGAAACGAGUAAUGAACUGGGAGGCUUUCGACUGUGUUUAGCUAUAAAAUUACAAAAAUCAACCAAAUAAUCUGCAAUGGCACAAAGAAAUUGGUUCAACCCAAGCGCGUAAGGUACCUAAAACAAUGUUGAAGUUGAUGCUUUCAAAUUUUAGGACGAUUCAAAGCAGAUUUCUUUCAAGACACCUCAGCAGACAACCUGCAUUCAAGAGCGCCUUCAAACUCCAAUAAGUCAAGAAUCAUCAACAUUGUUUAGCCCUUCAGGAUUUUCUCAACAUUUAGAACUAGAAGAAACACGUGACGAAGAAGGACUAAAUGCUGGCAGUAAUACAAGAGAGAAGUUGAAUAUUUUUCUAGCUUCCAGAGAUGUAAGCCCAAUCCGCACGUCCAUGACCAUCCCGUGGAACACAGCCGCAGAGCGCACAAAACGACGUUAUGUGAGGAAAGGAAAACAGGUCGCUUUAGCUGCCCUAGAGGAACUUGCUCCACAAAACUCAGAAAUUCUGUUUAGCGCAAUACAGGCGGAAAGACAAAAGAAUGCUGAUGACAUGGAUUCCUCUUUACUUGAAGCUAUGGUGGAGUGCUACGAAAACUGCAGCCACUGGAGCAGCCGUAGACAAAUGCUGUCUAUCAUAGCUGAUAAAGUUAGGUUUGCAACACGGCAAAAAUGGCUGCCAGAUCUAUCUAGAUAUCGCUACAACAUCGAAAGACAUCAUCUUUUCCUCCAUGGUAGAGGUACAGAAGUUCCUCAACAAAAACAAAAAAGAAUAAAGGUGUCUUCUGAAAAGCUUGACCACUUCUUGGCGUUUAUAACAAGUGCCAAGAUUAUCCAGGAUUUGCCCUUCGGAGAAAAAACACUGAAACUGUCAUCUGGAUCUGAAAUCAAAAUACCGAAUGUCAUAAGAACGUCCAUCCCUGAACAGAUAAUCAAACAGUAUCAGAGUUACUGCGCCGAAACUGGAUUUAGUUCACCAUUCAGCAAUAACAGUCUGUCGAGGAUACUUAACGUCUGCGCGGCAUCCACUCGCAAGUCUCUUCAGGGUUUGGACUAUUUCUCGGCGGAAGGAGCAAAAGCUUUUGACGACCUCGUUGAAGUAGCUGACAAACUUGGAGACAACUACGAAAACGGCUUAUCAUGGUCUAAAGAGGUGAUCAGCAAGCUUAAACUGGCCAAACGUUAUUUUAAAGAAGAUUACAAGGUUAGUUGGGAUUUUAUUGUUAAUUCUUUACGGAUGUUUACUAAUCAAGUAUAGUACAUCUAGUAUUACGCCUAGAAUUUAUGAGAGUGCAUGUAUAUUUCAGUUAAGUGUUGUAAAUCUAUCCAUCACAUCAAUAUUUUAUAGGUUCAUGUAUCAUCGAGCUCAAGAGUGCCUGAUCACUGCAGACCCUAUGCUUUGAGCCAGGGUAAUGACAAAGCCUAUUCAAGCACUUGCGAUCACCAGCAUGACAACGCUGGGUGCUAUCACAGUGGAAUUACUAUACUUGGAGUAUGA